UCCUUCCCUGCCUGCCUUGCAUCAGCUGUAGCACAGGCCCCUCGUUCCCAGUGAGGGUCCCAGAGCACAGCCCCCAACAUCUGACCCCAUUGGGAGGUAGAUCCCACACCCAGACCCCAGACAGGCCCUUCUGUCCUGCCUGCCCCUUGGAUAAGGGAUGUGUCACCUCUGGAACGCUCCCUCAAGUUCCAGGAGCUGAACAGCCAAGUGUUGCUGCUUUUCAUGGCGAACAAAGGGGAACUGCUUUGCCUAACAGCUUUGAGCCGGGCUUUUGCAGGCUCUCCUUGCACCACAGACAGCAUGUCUGGGCAGCAGACUGCGGGCAGGGACUUCACUGGGACUCCCACAGGACCUCUUCUAUCCUCCUCUCUCUGGGUCUCCCUGUUUGCUUUUCUUCCCUUCUCUUCCCCUCAAGGUCUCCCUUCCCCAGCUCUCUGAAAGGCUCUUGUCUUGCUCAGGCAGGCACUUGCAACCUGCCUUCAUGUAAACAGAGCAGACGCUGCUCAAAGCUGCUGCUCUGCUGGGCUUGCGCUGUAGGCCACAAACUGUCAAACUGUCAGUGUUGACUUUGUUUGCCCCUUUGUAGACACCCGUUUCUGGGACCUGUGUGGGUAUGGCCCCAAGAAGGACACAUGAGACCCUUCCCCUCCCUGGUGCCUGUUUCCAGGCUGGGCGUCAGCUGAGCUUCUGUGCAGCUGGGGGCCACCAAGUUCCAAAGGUUCCCUGUAUUAACGCCACUGGUCUUUCUCUCUCCAGGGAUCUCCGCUGGGAUUCUCUCCUUCAUAUCCGUCAGAGGCGGGGAUCAUCAGUACUUCAUCUGCAGCCAGGCCCUGGACGAAGUUAUCGAGGCCCAAAGCCUUUCGGCUGCCUAUGAAAUUGUGCUGUCACAGACCUGCUGGGAGCUGUGUGAGCAGCAACGAAUCAGGGCCGAGUAUAUUGCUGGCAGAAGGGCCGUGAAGGUUGUGGAAAUGAGGCACUUAACUCGCCAGGAAUACCGAGAUGCUGUAGACCAGCUGAACAUGUACAGAGGGGAUUGGCAUUUGGAAGGGAUGGCCCUCCAAAGGCCGGUUCUUAGGAGCUCUGCUGGUCCUGAAGUGGGAGCGAGGCUGGAGAAGCACAUAUCGACAGCUGUUCUCCAGAAGCUUUAUCAGAACGUGCCACUGGAGCUGUGCUCGGAGCUACGGCCGGUCACCUGCCUCUUUGUCCAGCUGCAGUUUGCUGACAAGAUCAGCACAGUGGAGCUCAGCAGCAGCCUCAGCAAUAGCAGCAGUAUGAUUUCAGAAAUCAUCAGCCCUCACAAGGGUGAAAUCAACAAAAGUCUUCUGUUUGACAAGGGUUGCACCUUCCUCUGCGUGUUUGGAUUUCCGGGAGAAAAGCUGGCCUGUGAGAGCACCCACGCCUUGGAAUGUGCUAUGCAGAUCCUCUGCAUGGCCUCCACGGAGCUGGGAAAACUCCAGCAAGUUUCUGUCGGGGUCAGCAGCGGGACGGUGUUCUGCGGCCUCACUGGCCAUCCCGAGAGGUUUGAACACACAGUCCUUGGCUUUAAGGUGAAUUUGGCCGCCCGCAUGAUGAUGGCCUACCCAGGGAUGGUGUCCUGUGAUGCAGAGACGUAUGCAGCCUCUCGCCUGCCCAGCUACUGCUUCAAAGAGUUGCCACAGAGAGACAUGAAAGGUGUUACCAAUCCCGUCACCAUCUAUCAAUACAUGGGGAUCACCAAGCAGUAAGUGUUC